AGUCAUAGCGCGCAGUCGUCAGCCGCUUGCUCGUCGUGCAGGUCGCCAGUCGCUUUUCCAGCUCGCCUCGCGUUAUCACAUACACACACGCGUUGGCCGUGCACAGCAGCCGCAAAUUGUUUUCACUUCUCUAGCCACAUUCACAUCGCGCAAUCUUAUAAAAUAAGACGAACAAAAACGCCGCGUUACCGAAAAUAAGUGUUGUUUAUUAAAGAUGGACGUUGCAACGAGACACCCUUUGUGCCCUUAGUAGAACUUUGAAGCCUAACCUCUUCGGCUAGCAAGAAGCGGGCGCCUAACUUCUUCUGUGCAGAGGCAGCUGCGUGUUUUGGAUUUUCUUCGCAUGGGCUGCGACUUACGCCAGGUUUGUUUGUGAACGAAAUCGACACCGCCCGUUAGGUGAGGUUUUCGGCAGAGGUGAACGCGCGAAGGAAGUAAGACAGGAAGUGACAGUGACAAGUCGUCACCUGCGAGACGUCGCACAUCAAUCGAACGGUACAAUGUUAGAAGACAGGAACCAGAGUCGCGUCGGUUUGCUGACGCUCAGCAAAGCUGAGUUGGAGGAGAUCAUCAGCAAGGAGCUCAUUUCCGAGGAGUACGAUGUGGACGACACUGUUUUUGCAAGGGGAAAGUUUGCCAACGUCCGCAAAGCUACACACAAAAUUACCGGCGUGCACUACGCAGCCAAAUAUAUUAAAAAACGUCGACGUGCUGUCGACCAAACCCCAGAGAUACACCACGAGAUUGCUGUGUUAAUGAAAUGUGCGGACAACUCGCGCGUAGUACGUCUGCAUCAGGUGUACGAGACAAAUUCAGAUGUCGUACUUAUGCUUGAGCUGGCCGCUGGCGGUGAACUACAGCAGAUCCUUGACCAGGACGAAAUACCCACUGAGCUAGAGGCGCGCCGUGCUAUGAAGCAGGUUCUGGAGGGUUUAUCGCAUCUUCACGAGCGCAACAUUGCCCAUCUUGACCUAAAGCCACAAAAUAUUUUAUUAAGCGUUGAAAACGUCUGUGAUGACAUUAAACUAUGCGAUUUUGGCGUUUCGAGGGUGUUGGAACCUGGCACAAAGGUUCAAGCUAUCUUAGGUACCGUCGAUUAUGUGUCACCGGAAAUCUUGAGCUACGAACCAAUCACAUUGGCGGCAGACAUUUGGUCGAUUGGCGUGCUCGGAUACGUUCUCCUUUCGGGGGUGACACCUUUUGGGGCAGAUGACAAACAGGAGACCUACCUGAACAUUUCCCAAGGUGACGUGACCUUUGAAGAUGUCCACUUCUCGGACAUUUCCAGCGCUGCCAUAGAUUUCAUCAAGUGCACUUUAGUUGUGGACCCACGAAAAAGACCAACUGUUCAGCAACUGCUACAACAUCCAUGGAUAACUCCGAAGCUGCAUCUGAAAACACCAGUGAUACGCGAGGAACCUAUUGUAAAUGUACCAAUUACACCGAAGACUACUCCCGUUUCACAGCGCAAGUCAAUGCCUGCUUUGACUUCUGACACACCAAUUGCGUCGCGUAAGAGCUACGAUAGUUACGAUGGCAACGCCCCACCUACCCCAACCGCAGUGCGCUCAUUUGUCGCAAAUUGCAUGUGCGCCCAGUGUGGCACCACCUGCCGGCACAUGCAAGCACCCGUCGCCAAGACCCCCAUCACGGUUGACCGUGGCAUUUUGUGCUAGCACCGCGCCCCCGACGCCACGCGAGUUUGCACCACCGAUCCUUUGGGUAUACUUUAUUGUAGAUUUUGUAGAUUUUUUGCACACGUCCGCAUCCAAGCCAUGGUGGCGGGGAUGGUUUCGGGCGUGCUAAUAAGGUGGAUUAAAAAAAUGGCGCUCAUAUCGAUUGAAGACAAAGAAGUUGCCUAGUAGUAACCUAGUCACAGAUAGACAAAAUUGAAAUGAAUAAAAGCAAAUUCCAGUUUAGUGCCUCUCGUUAUAUCACAAUGUAUACAUUUUAUUACCAACUAUUCAAUACUUGCUAUUACUAUAUUAAUAUUAUUAAAGAAUAUUUGAGAAUUUUAUCGAAUCGUACAAAAUGUUUUAAAAAUCUUCUCUAUCAUAACGUUACAAAUAAAAAAGUAUUAUUUACUGAUAACAAGGAUGAUAUCAAUUGAUAGAUCAUAUGGAAUGUAUAAACCAGUGGAUUUUAUCAAGAAUAGGUGAGGCUCGGUGUAAAACAAGUGGCAAUAAGUUCACGUUGCAUAGAAAUAAUGUUUUCGCAUUGCGAUUAUCUGUUUUGUGCGUCGUUUCUUUUGAUGGGACUUAAUUGUGUUUAGGGCUGUGGUUAGACGCGAAAAUUGAGGGCAAGUGCUACAAUUGCAUCUUAAAAUUUGUAUAAAUAUUUAUAUUAACGCCCAGUUAUGUUUUCGGUGUACCUUUCACUUAUUUAGUGUUGAGGCAAUGCACAUAAAGCAAAAAAUGUUGUAUAUUUAGUUUAUUUAAUAGUUUUACUUUUCUUUUUAUUUUUUUUUUCUUAUCACACAUCAGAUGUUAGAUAAUUGUAUUUCAUUUUUUACGCCUGCGAUUGAUUCAAUUGAUUUGAAUUGCAAUAGAAGCGUUGUAGCGGUGUAGAAGCGUUGUACAGGAUGGAAAAAGAUUCUUGUACCUUAUUGUAUGAUUUCAUCAUUAAUUUCAUUAAUAUUUGUGUAUGGGCGCAGUGCCACCGGCUGGCGAAGCUGGCGGCGCGCACAAAUUAGAUACAAUUGUAGACUAAUUUAUUAAGAGCAAUAGAAAUUAAAGAAAAGACAUGUUAUAAAAUAA